CGCCGUCCGAUUCUCCGAUCACUCCUCCCAGACCGCGCGCAGAAGAGAGAGAGAGAAGGAGAAGGAAGAGGAAGAUGGCAGCGAAGCAAAUGGAGGAGAUACAGAGGAAGCUGGCGAUGCUGAGCUACCCCAGGGCCAACGCCCCCGCCCAGUCCCUCCUCUUCGCCGGCAUGGAGCGCUACGCCCUCCUCGAAUGGCUCUUCUUCAGGCUCUUGGGCGACAAGUCCCCGUUCUCGCAGCAAAACCUGCAGGGCGACGCCAUGGAUCGCGACGAGGAGACCUCCCGCAUACAAUAUUUGGCGGAGAUCGCGAAGUUCCUGGGCAUAACGACCACCGUGGACACGGAGGUGGUACAGGGAAGAGGUACUUAUGAAGAUCGCACUGAAAUGCUUCAGCUAAUUGUGGAUCUUGUUGAGGCGAGCAUCUAUGCUGAUAAUCCCGAGUGGAGUGUGGAUGAGCAAGCAGCAAAAGAUAUUCAACUAAUAGAUUCUAUCGCAGAAAAGCAAGCUCAGAUUUUUUCGGAGGAGUGCAAGCUGUUCCCUGCUGACGUUCAGAUUCAAUCUAUAUAUCCAUUGCCAGAUGUUUCGGAGUUAGAGACAAAGCUUUCAGAACAAUCAAAGAUACUCAUGAAUCUGCAGCAGAAAGUUGAUGAUUUAGCAUCAAAGCAUGCUUACAACCCAGAUGAGGAGUACACAGAAGUUGAAGCGCAACUACGAGGACAUUUGGAAUCUUUUCUAGAAACUGCGAGAACAUUCAAUAUGAUAUAUACCAAGGAAAUUCGCCCUUGGACACACAUGAUGGAGGUGCCCCAACUGCAUGGGUUUGGACCAGCAGCUAAUCGCUUAUUGGAAGCAUACAAGAUGCUUCUGAAGUUCCUUGGUAACUUGAGGAAUCUCAGAGAUUCAUAUGCAGCUCUGGCUGUUGGGUUGUCUGAAACAGCUUCUGGCGAACCCUCCUCUGUCACGAGAAUAAUCUCAGAAUGUGAAUCCGCAUUAACAUUCUUAAAUCGUGACCUUGGUAUUCUUUCGGCCUCCAUUGCACGCGAAAGAGGUGAGGGUGUGCUCUCAUGAUUUAGUUGUCUACUGAGAAGUUACUCUUAUUGUUUUCUGCUAAUGAGUUCUAAAUUGCACUGCCUUGUUCCUAUUUAGAAAGAGAUGCGAUUUCAUGCUAGAGCACCACAUUUGUAUAGUUGGUAAGAUUGUCAAUUCCUUGUAUAUCGGACUUGCUGCUCGUUGGCCUAAAGAAGAAAUUAGGUGGGUUUGAUUUGGACAUGGAUUGUCACAUUUUAUGAAGAAAUUGCACUGCCUUGUUCCUAUUUAGAAA